AUGAUCCCUGUCGAUAUCGACGAUAUCUUGGCAGGCAUAGCAUCAGCUCGAGACCUCUAUGAGGUAGGAUUCCAGAAAGCAAGCAAUCCAAGUCCACAAUACCACGCAUUUGGCCAGGAAAUUAGAAGUCUCGCUAUCAACUUAGAUAUCCUGUCAGAUGUCAUCAAACGUGCCCAUUACGAUGCCGGAGCCAGCUUUGAGCGCACGCAGUAUGGCGCCAGAAGUAAGCGUCCGAUGCCUGGAAGUUCUAUUUUGACCGGAUUUGGAGAUACUUUGGGUGAUUGCUGUCGUCUUCUCAAUGAUCAGAGGUACUUCCACAAGAUCGGACGCUUCGUGACCAGCAUCACCUGGUAUCUUCAAAUUGACCCAGAGGUACGGGCAAUGAAAGAACGACUCUCCUGCCAGAACAUGAAGCUCUCAACCAUUUUCAAGAUCAUAGACGCUCAAGUAUUAAGAGACCGUUCAUUCUAUAUAACCGACUCAACCGCAGCACUACUUCGAGAAGCCGAAAGGCUUGGUCAACAAUUUCGGGGUAGCGAGGAUGGAAAAGAACCUGCUAAACAGUUGUCUGGUUUUGUUGUGAUCCCACCAGAGCUUGAGAACGCUUUCAUGAGGUUUACUCAGAGAACCUAUCCUGACCUGUCAGUCCUAACGCUGGAUCGGGGUAUUGACGCUGCGAUUACUUAUUUCAAUGGAAUAACCAAGAGAGAAGAUAAGCCUACUCCAAAUCAGGCGAUCUACCUUGGCUCCAUUGUAGACAUAAUGAUGGCUUCGUGGAUACUUCAAGCCGUCCGGAGUACCCUAGAGUACGAAACGGCCGCAAAAGCUCCUUCAAUUACCGCUUUCGAAAGACAGAUGGACGCCUGCGGUCUCACCAUCGACCGCUUCUUCGAUGUCUUUGAUGAAAGCCUACAAGAAGCACUAAGACGCCUGCUUGGGCGUGAUAUACUUCUUCCACCGACGCCAGACUUGCUGGAGACUUUCGAAAGGGACAGACCAUCUCUGCCUCUGCCUCCUGAUGUCGAAGGCAUCUCGGCAGCAGCAUCACCAAGACAAGAGACUCGAAUCCUAGCAGCAGAAUAUGGAACAAAGAUUAUGAACGUGACGAGAGCGAGAAACAAUGCGAGUAUUGUGCCCCGUCAAAAUCAAAUGCUCAUCGCAAUUAGGGACAACUACGAUUUUGAUCACGUCGAAAUUGUUCCCUCGUACGCUCUUCGAACUUGGGCAACUGCGUCUGUGCAUCCUUUGACUAUGUUGUUCAAGACCGACGGUGCCGCACCUUUUUCACGGAAUCUGGUUUUCCAGCAGAAUAAAGAUUUGUUUGAGUUUCAACAAGCAAUUACCGGAUUCAAAGUCAAACAUGACGAUACUCGAGUACUUGCUACCUCGCAAGAAUCGAAAAUACUCGGAGGUUCAAGGAGGCAAGAUCUAUGCCGGCUUCAAUUAUGGUCAGCCCCACCACCUGUGAUCGACUUUGCAGAUGUAUCAGGAUCGUCAUCCUCGAGAUCAACAAGCGAGGCCAGAAGAGCUUCGCAGACUUCCUUCUCAAGCAGUUCAACAAUGACUGGCCAAUCAAGGAAGAAGCCCUCAGCUCCAUCUAUGUUUUCUAGUACCUCGCGGAAGUCCACCUCUUCGAGAAAAUCUAUCGCUAUAGAUACACCGUCUCUUCCGGGAUUUCAGGAAGCUGUCACACCAGAAGUUACCAUCGAAGAGGAACUCAAUGAAAAUGACCAAGAGCUAAAUCCAUCUUUCCGAUGCGUCCUCGAGCGCAAGUCGUCAUAUCUACAAGGAAGAAGGUCACGGGAAACAACAGUCCCGAGCCACUGGGAUCUUGCUGCUGCUGGUCUCCACAAAAGAGACAAAGAGACAGAAAUAGUGAAAAGGUUGAAACAUGUGAUACUCGAGUUUGAUACACGUCAAAAUAUGUCAGAGUUCAUGACAAAAUUCCAGCAGAUCAAAGAGAUUGCAAGCUGGCGUUUGGCAAAGUUUGUUCAAGCAACGGGAUGA